CUCAAAAAUAAUUGAUAAGCAAAAGAGUGAGCAAGUUCUCGCAUAAACUAUAGUGCAAUCGGAAAAGCGUAGUUGUGAUAAAAACAAGCAGAACAACAAAAACAAAAAGUGCGUUUUCCCCUCCGUUCAGCGAUCGCCUAAAUGGUCACCAUGGAAAACAGCGAGGAGAUUAUGCAGAUCCUGGAGCGCUUCACGGAUCUUAAGCAAAAGGAAAUCCCAAAGGAGCUGGAGGAAUACCUACAGUAUGUGGCCAAGACCGGCGACACCAUCUUCAAGUGGUCCAGCCUGAAGUACUUGUUCCGCGAGAAGCUGCUCAGCGUGAUCAAGCACUUUAAUGAGGACUCACCGCGUUUAGAGGAGAUUCCCAACUAUCCGAAUGUGGAUCCUUUCAACUACGAGACCAUGAAGUCCUCGUUGCUGGAGCGCCUGGACCUCUUCAAUGCAGCUCCCUUCACCGUGCAGCGUUUGUGCGAGCUACUAAUCGAUCCUCGGAAGCAGUACUCGCGCAUCGAUAAGUUUAUGCGCGCUUUGGAAAAAAAUAUUUUAGUGGUAAGCACCAUCGAUCCUGGACGCAAGCGUACCGAAAGUGAGAAUGGCGACUCGCUGGACUCAGUGGUCAACGGGGAUCUCUCCAUGGAGGUGAACAUUGACAUUGAAAUGGAGAAUAAUAACGGUAACGCCGAGGAGGGCUCUUCUCCCAGCUCCGGUUCGCCAGGUGGUGCCCAGAAGGCAAGCUGCCCGCGUUCGGAAGACAAUGAUCAGCCCAAAGCCAAGAAGGCAAAACUGGAGAUCGAUGGGGAAGAGCGGUCGGAAGCGAGCGAUGAAACGGAGGUCAAAAAUGAAAAGGAUGAGAAGAGUGACAACGAUGAGACUGAUUCGCCGCAUGAGGCUGCCGAGAUCGAGGAGCCCGAUGAAGAGGUGGAUGAGGCUGAUCAAGGGACCAAGACCACCAAGCAGCCUGUUUACGGCAGUCAGAAGGAGGGUGAGCAGGAGGAAAGUUUUCCAGCAUCUGCCGAUGACGAGGCGGUGGACCCAAUGGUGAGCAAAUCCAUAGAAGCUGAGAAGGAACUAGUUGCUCAGGAAAAGAAGGUGGAGGAGGACAAAAAGGUGGCGACCGAGCCACAAGAAGAGAUUGUAAAGAAGGAAGAGGUCGUCGAGUCUGAUAAACCGGACGGAAAGGUUGCACAGUUAGGCGAAAAGGCAGUUGUCAAGAAAUCUACUCCGCCUGCCGAGGCGGAAAACCAGGAGCCUGUCAAAGCAGAAAACGAGAAGGAGGAGAAAAAACAAGCACCAAUUGAAACUGAAAAACAGGACGAUAUCGAAUCUACUGAGACUGACUAUGCCCCAUCAUCAGAAAAGCCCGCUGAAGAAAAGAUACCUUCCUCCGAAUCCAAACCGAAGACCAAAUCUGAGGCCGAUCCAGAGGCCGAGACCAAGAAGAACCAACCGGAAAAGACUGAAACUGAGCAGGCCGAGAAGCCGGUUUCGGAGGAAAAGCGGGUUGCCGAGCCGACAGCAGAAAGCGAGAAUAAGGACGACUUGACCACUUCCAAAACGAUCAAGGAUCCAGUCGAGGAGUCGCCGGUUGAGGACGCUUCCAGUCCUGCUGUAGAAGAUCUGGCAGCUGCCACCACACCGCAAUCUCCUUUGGGCGCCGCCGAUUCCGCUGUUGAGACGCCUCCUGCUGAGACAGGCGAUGAGUCGCAGGCGUCGCCCUUGGCCGCCGCUGUAACUCCACCUGUCCUGGCCCUCAACGACCAGCCCAUGGAGGACACUCCAGCCGAGGAGGAGGCACGCGUCUCGCCGUCGGCCGCCGUCGAGGAGGUGGUAAUGGCCGAAAGCGCCAGUGCUGGCGCAAUGGCCACCGAAGAGGCCGCCAAGGACGAUCCGGCCGCCAUGGAGGUCGAUGACACCAGCCAGGAGGUGAUGUUGCAGUAGAUUGCGGCCAUUCAGGAGCCGUAAACACCUUCAUUCAACUACUACUCCAUAUAACUAGUAAUUUAAGAUAUGAGCCGAAAGUAAUAUAGAUGUAAUCCUGCCCUGCGCUCCCUUUUGUAUCCCAACGGAUUCCAACGGAUACCAACACUUCCCAAUAAUCCAAGCAGUGGUAGCUCCCCUUUCGUAGCCGCAAGUCGCAUCCCAGACACGAUCCAACACUAGACUCUGUUAACUGUUCUGUGUUUCCUCAUGCCCUGUGGACCACUCGUUGGCCGCCCUUUUCUUUUGUACUUAUGUUGUACUAUCCACCCCCUUGCAAAUGACAAUUUUAUGUAUCUCAACACCCCCGCCAAUUCCCGAUUCCCAAUUUUUUUUAAAUAAUCUAGUUUUAGACGCUGUCCGUGGCGCGAACUUCGGCAAGCUGUGAGCGCGAUUAUACACACAAUAAACACUACUCAUAAUAAUA